AGGACUGUGACGGGCGGUUGACUUGAGCUCAGGCGUUAAGGACCUGCCGGAUGGCUUCCAGCAAUUGGCGGGAGCCCAGACAGAUGCGUUCGCCAAAUCACUCACACGUACGCAACUGAGACAUCAUCGUCUCCAAGGAUAAACGUGGGAGGCAAAGAGACCUUCCGCUGCGUAAAGCGACUCGACCCGGAAACAAAAUCUUUUUAAAACACUAUUCAGGCUCUGGCGGGCGGGAGGAAUUGACGUGUCGGGAAGACCGGACGGCUUCGCAGGUUGCUAAGCAACGAGGCCGCGGAGCCCUUGCCAGCACGGGCCACCGGGCAGUACCUGAAAACCCAGCGACCACGCCGCGCCCUGCCGGGUCUCCCUUCCUUCGCAGGGCACCCCGACCCGGGCAGUGGCCACUGACCAAGUGAGGCGGUGCAGGGACGCCCCGUCUGAGGUGGCCCGAGGCUGCGCGUCUUCCCCACUCCGGAGGCAGGACAGAGAUUUCUUCUGCCAUCAGAUGUCUUUCUGCUUGACUGAAUUGCACCUGUGGUCUUUGAAGAAUACCUUACACGUUGGGGAUAGAGACAUCGGGAUCUACCAGUAUUAUGACAAGAAAGAUCCACCAGUGACGGAACGAAGUGACUUAGAAGAAAAGCAGAAGCUGGCACAGUCACGAGAUUAUCCAUGGAUACUCAAAAACAGACGCCCAGAAAAACUUCGAGACUCACUCAAGGAGUUGGAGGAGCUGAUGCAAAACAGUCAGUGUGUGCUGAGCAAAUGGAAGAACAAAUAUGUCUGUCAGCUCUUCUUUGGUUCAGGUGUGAUGGUGUCCCUAAGCCUUUCUGGACCACAGCUGGAGAAAGUUGUGAUUGACAGAAGCCUGGCGGGGAAGCUCAUCUCAGACACCAUCAGUGAUGCUCUUGUCACAGACAGCUUUAUCAUCUUAUCAUUUUUGGCACAAAACAAACUGUGUUUUAUUCAGUUUACCAAGAAGAUGGGUUCUCCUGAUUUAAACAAAAGACUGGAAAAACUCUCAGCCUUGGAUUAUAAGAUUUCCUAUUGUGAAAUACCUGGCCCAGUCAACAAGACAACAGAGCGUCAUCUAGCUAUCAAUAGUGUUCAGGAUACAGUUGUUUGCUGGUGGCCGCUAGUCAGUGAGGAUGCUUGGCCUUGGACUCCCAUUUCUUCUGAAAAAGACAGAGGCAAUCUGCUGCUCUUGGGUUAUACUCAAGGAAGACUGGAGGUUCUGAAUUCUGUCCGCACAGAAUGGGAUCCACUGGAUGUUCACUUUAGCACCAAACAGCCUCAUCAGGUGUUGACUGUGGAGCAUUCCAUCAACAUUGACAAAGAGCCCAUGGCUGAUAGCUGCAUUUAUGAAUGUGUUCGGAACAAAAUCCAGUGUGCAUCAGUCACCAGAAUACCACUAAGAUCAAAGGCCAUUAGUUGCUGCAGGAAUGUUACUGAAGACAAACUAAUUCUGGGCUGUGAAGAUUCUUCAGUAAUUCUUUAUGAAACUCACCGUGGAGUGACUCUCUUAGCCCAGGCUGGACUUCGGCCUUCAUUAAUAAGCUGUCACCCAAGUGAUGCCAUCCUGCUAGUUGGCAGUAACCAAGGGGAACUGCAAAUUUUUGAUAUGGCUUUGUCACCUAUUUACAUCCAGCUCUUGGCUGAAGAUCGCUCACCCAGGGAGAUUCUGCAGUUCAAUCAGUUCUUUGAUGUUUCCAGCAGUCUUGUUCAAAUGCAGUGGAUAGCUCCUCGGGUUGUUUCUCAGAAGCCUGAAAGUGAGGACAUCUAUGAUCUCCUCUUCCUCGGGUUUGACAGAGGACCUUUGGGUGUACUUUUGUUUAAACUUGGUAUCUUCACACGAGGCCAGCUGGGCCUGGUAGACCUUCUCUUCCAGUACAUUCACUGCAAUGAGAUCUCUGAGGCAAUAAGCAUCCUGAGCAGUAUGAACUGGGACACUCUGGGCCGCCAGUGCUUUAUCAGCAUGAGUGCCAUUGUAAACCAUCUUCUUAGACAAAAACUCACUCCAGAGAGAGAAGCACAGCUUGAGGCAAGCCUUGGAACCUUCUAUGCUCCAACAAGACCACUCCUGGAUACGACUGUUUUGGAAUAUAGAGACCCAAUCAGCAAAUACGCAAGAAGAUUCUUCCACCACUUGCUCAGGUACCAGAGAUUUGAAAAGGCAUUUCUGUUAGCUGUUGACAUUGGCGCUCGUGACCUGUUUAUGGACAUCCAUUACCUUGCACUAGAUAAGGGUGAAUUGGCACUAGCUGAAGUGGCAAGAAAACGAGCUAACGACAUUGAUGCAGAAUCAAUAACCUCUGAAGUUGGAGUCUGUGUCCAGGCUAAGCUGAAUUGCCUGCAAGAAUACCACUACUGGACCAACUCCUAAGAAUGCAUCUUUGAGAGCCUGGAGGUGACUCUAAGCAAUUUCUAUCCACCUAUGGAAAAGGAUCUAACCUAGAGUUGGAUAACCCAUGCCCCCUCAUCAAAGAUAUUUAAGCUUUACUGGGAUUCACAGGUUAUUUCAUCCUCCAUUUUUCUAACUUCAUUGCCCUGCUUAAUGAACCAUCUCAAAAAACUAAGGCUUUGCCUGAGUUCUGAUUCAUAAAUUCUCCGCAUAGUUUUAACUAACUGAGACAAUUAGGAGUAAACAACAAGCAGGCACCUAGACAUAGCUAUGCCUAACCUAAUCAACAACGUUUUAGAGAUAAGCCCUGAAAGAUAAGGCAGAUAGACCAGGAACUGGGGAACUCAUCUGCCAAUAAGCCUGUUUCUGUGUAUCAAAAAGAAAAGCUGAAAUAUAAGUCCUACACUGAAGGGUUACUAUGGCAAGGAAAUAAUAAUUUAUUGCAUUCAUUUGUAAACUAUAACUGCACAGUAAUUUUGACUUCCACACCUGCUUUUUUUCUUCACCACUGUAACUUCACAAACACACUCCAAUCAACUAGUUAGGAAGGACAUCAGAGUAAGAAACCUGAGAAGAUUUAGGAGAAACCUUCUGAUGUGCCAAGCAAUAGACAACAGUCAUCAAGAGAUACUAUCAAGAUUGAAGACACCAUUUUCCUCCAGGACACAUCCAUACUAUUCAUUUUAGCUAAAAUGUUCCUAUAGCCUUUCGGAAUCACAGUUGUACCAACUGCCUCACAUUCAGCUUAGAGUUGUUACAUGUUCAGUCAGAUUCAUCAACUCUUCGCCUGUUCCCCACAUUUCUCGUUACUUUCUCACCCCACGCUCCAAUCACAGAAGGUAUGCAAGAAGUAACAAACUCCCAACAACCUCAUGUCCAGCUUUGAAAUCUGCUAUAAGAGGAGCCAAUUUUCUAAAACCAGAAAGUGCUAAAACACAUGUAGAACUUUUAUUGGCUUAAACCCUGCAUCUACCACUCAAAUCUAUGCCUUUGAGUUACAACUAUGUACCAGAUUACCACACAAAAGAUAGAAUAUGGACAGGUAAUACAUAAAUAAACAGGAAAAAUUAUUAAGGAUGUCAUGUUUGGUGCAGCAGAGGGAGGGAAUUUGUCAGUAUAGCCGUAGCCAUAGGCUUUUUGUUGCUCUUACUUUGUACUAUACCUUAAUUUGCAUAAAAUAUGCAUUGAGCCACUGAAGAUAAAAUACAUAUCUAUUUAAGUCAUUCAUAUUAACAUUUUCUAGAUGUGUAAAAGUUACUAUAUAGAAAAUAUUGGAAACAAGACAGAACAAGUAAUUUUGUUAAAUUAUAAUUUUCAUCAUCAUAAUACAUUAUUUAUCAAUUGCAAAGAAAUUCUACUCUUCUAGAUGGAAUAGAAGUCUCUGCUUGGACACUCCAACUUUAAUCUGAGGUUGUCAAACACUGAUAUUAUUGCAUGGCCUUUUAAAAGCCUUUGGGUUAAAGAACGAUAAAAUGUGGUUUUAGUUAUUCGCAUGCCUGUGCAACAAAGCAUUUGGGAAGUGUGACUGACAGUCCAGGAGUAUGUAUAAGGGAAAACCUAUGCUUAUGUCUGCUUCAGUGACUUUAUUAGCCACACCUUCUAAAUUGUAAACUGUCAUUCAUGGUAGCAUAGUGAUGUUUUAAAUAAGUCAAGUUAUAAUACCCCUACUUCUUUUGUCUUAAUGCCUAAAGGUAGGUUCAAAAAGUGCUCUUAUGUUUUGGCUCAUAAAAACAUCCAUCUGGGAAAAAAGUAAAUAAUAAAUCCAAAUAACAAAGAGCAAUUCACAGAUUUAUGACACUAUUCAUAUAUAAAUUGUAUAUUUAAACAUCACAAUUAGCUAAUUCAGCUAUCAUUAUAGUUCAGCAACUAUUUCAUAUGAGGACGAAAAAGAAAAUAAUCUUAUUAACUGGUUACAAGUUUUGCAGUAUUUUAAAACAUACUACUUAGCAAUAUAUAAUGAAUUUAAAAUGCUAUUAAUGCUGAAGCUUCACUGGAAGUCUUUGCUAUCUUUGUAAAGAACUAUGGAAGAUCUGUGUUUUAAAGCAUGCUGUAUUUUAUGAGAAUUGCUUAAUUUUACAUUAAAAUAUUAAACAGAAACAUAUAUUCACAUAUUUUCUAACCACUGCACAACUUUCAACUGAAAUAAUGGAUGAAAACAAAUAUUAGAGUUUACUGACUUCACACUAAUAAUACUCUAAAUAUCCUUUCCUGAAUAUUAGAUAAUUUUAAUCUCAACUAGUCUUAAUAAUAAUAGCAAUAUGAAUUCAUUGAAAAAAUUCAAAUUGUAUAGAAAAGUACAAUAUGCUCAAUGAAUCCCUCAGAAUCCCUUCUUUCCCUGACCAAAAACCUUACUUGCAACAAAAUGGCUUUUGUAAUCUAAAUUUCAAUAAGGUAGUAAUUCAAAUAAAAGCACUUUUAUUAUUUUUACUAUGAAUUACCAAAUUUUAUUCUGGGCAGUGUUCAGACUUUGAAGUAAAGACCUUUCUGUAUAAUUGCUCAGUAACUUAGUCUUCAAUAGUGACAUUUCUAAUUUCUCCUACCUGAACAGAUAUGAAGGAUAUGUCAGUGGUUGGAGGCAAUCUUAAGGGACAUUGUUAGUCUUUAUCUGUAGAUUCAACUGCAGGAUUCUUGGGUUAUUUUUGAGGGGGACCAAACCACAAAACUAUGUCUUAGGAAGCCUACUUAUCUGACAAGUAAGAAAAGAUAAACACCUGUAAGUGGAUGCUUAAAGCCCAAACUAGUUUUGAAGUAACAAGAAAGGGAAAGCUAGCAGUUCAAAUUUCAGUCACUUUUCAUCUAAAUCCAUCAAUGUGUGCACUGGUCCAUUAAUUAUGUGGCCUAGCACAAAAUGAUAUGUUAGUCUUCCCUUUUACUCUAGGAUGACAGCUGCGAGGUAAGAUUUUAGUUCAGGAGAAAGAAAGCUAUUUCAAAUACUUUGUUAGUCUCAAGAAUUUGCCUGAGUCAUUAAUGAACAUGAAAAACUACUAAUGAGAAGAAUCAAACCAAUUUGUUUUGUUGAUCACUCUGUUAGAACCAAAACAAAAUGGGGUGAGAUGAAUUAUUCUUCUUUUGACUCCCCCCACCAACCAUUAAAAAUGUAAAAGUCAUUCUUAGCUUAUAAAUUACAAAAAAACAGGCAGCAGGCUGGAUUUGGCCUACCCAUAGUUUGGUGACUCUUGUACUAAUAGAUUAUUUUGAUUCUUGUUUUUUAAACUAAUUUCUAUGCUUCCAAGGAAAACCAUGUCACUGAGAUUUUUGUUUUAAAUCAUGUUAAAGUAUUUAGUAGCUUUUUAAAAGCCUAUCUAUGAGUUACCAGAAUAAGUGAAAAUAAUGCCAUUUAAAACAUUUCACCGAGAUGAAAACAAUUCAUUGUCUUGAGACCAUAUUGUUGUAAUAGUUCUUAACAGAGAACAUCAGUUUUCAGUAUAAAAUCUUUGGUUCCAUUUAUUAUGUUUGAAAUUUUCCUAUGCUAAUAAAUUUUUAGAAAAAUAGCAAUUAAGUUUGGUCAUUUCCUCAAUUACCUAUUUUAGAUGAGUUUUGAGUGUGUGUGUAUGUGUAUUUUUUUAACUUAAAUUACAUUUGUUUUUUUGAAUAAUGAAUACAUGCAUAAAGUUCAAAAUUCGAAGGUAUAGUUUCUAAUGUAAAGUUCUAAUCUCAAACCUGAUCUGUAGCAUACCCA